GGGAAGUAGGCUCGAAGAAUAAGCUCACCGUUUAUGCAGAAGGAAGCACUGACCUGAUACAAACUGAACUCUCAACAGCAGGAACACUAGACAAGCACUUAAGUACUGUGCUUGGGGCCAUUUUCAGCAGUGAAAUCACCAGCAGAAAGCAAACACUGCAAAAGAGCGUGGCACAAAUAGAUCGCGUAAAGGGCUUGUUUGGAGGAUAAAAGCUGGAACGAGAGGUCAGCUUCCGCAACUUCCGCUGACAACGUUGCCAUUAGAGACUCAAAGAUGUCCACAAAUGACUGCGAAAGCACGGUUUUUCAUCAGGUGUGGGAUUGCUGGAGCUCUGGAGAAGAUGCUGGUGCUCAACUGUUCUAUCAAAUUACUGACCCUGGAAAAAAUGCUGAAGAGUCACUUCCCUGAAUCACUCAAGGUUUAUGGAGCAGUGAUGAACAUGAAUCGUGGGAAUCCCUUUCAAAAGGAAGUGGUAGUGGAUUCAUGGCCAGACUUCAAAGCUGUUAUCACCCGGCGACAGAAAGAGGCUGAGACAGAUAACCUGGACCAUUAUACUAAUGCCUAUGCUGUGUUCUACAAGGAUUUCAGGGCUUACCAACAGCUGUUGGAAGAACAUGAUGUUAUCAACUGGGACCAAGUUUUUCAAAUACAAGGGCUGCAGAAUGAAGUAUGUGAUGUUUCCAAUGCUGUUGCCAACUCAAAGCAGUUAGGUGUAAAGUUAACUUCCUUCAAGGCUGUUCAAUUUUCUCCUCAUUCAGCUCUACCGGACACCAAUGCUCUAAAGGGUUCUUCACCACGACUAACUUACCUGAAUACUGCUGAUGCUGAUCUACUCAACAGGACUUGGUCACGGGGCGGCAAUGAACAGUGUCUCCGGUACAUCGUGAAACUCAUCUCUUGCUUCCCCAGUGUAUGUGUCCGUGAUGACAAGGGAAACCCGGUCUCUUGGUCUCUCACAGACCAGUUUGCCACCAUGUGCCAUGGCUAUACCCUGCCAGAGCAUCGCAGGAAAGGUUAUAGCCAGCUGGUGGCCCUCACACUGGCCAGGAAGUUGCGAAGCCAGGGAUUCCCCUGUCAGGGCAAUGUCCUGGAUGACAACACGGCAUCCAUAAGCCUCCUGAAGAAUGUCCGCGCUGAGUUCUUGCCUUGUCGCUUUCAUAGGCUUAUUCUCACCCCUGCAGCUUUCUCUGGCUAAGUUCGCCUCUAGCCACUGAAACUCCAGGAAGGUUUCUUCCUUUCCCUGAACAUACAUACACUCCUUAGCUAGCAACGAGGGGAAUAUUCCAGCUGGAAUCAGAAGAAUCUCGGGUUGAAAGGGGCCUGGAGAAGACAUGUAGGAUCAGCCUGAGAAGGCGUCACUGUCCCUGCGUCAGGGUUCUACAGUAAGUAACUAGGGGUCAGAGACAGCAAUGGCACAGAAGAGGAUAAUUAUCUUCCUUUGGGAUCCACUGCAGGAAAAAGGUUCCAAAGCCAGUUCUCAGCCCAGUUGUAGAAAUGACUGCAUUGAGAACAAUGACUUAACAGGUGAGCAUGUGGCUACCUCUUUCUUAUUGCUGCUUGGGCUUCUGCUCUGGGUUUUCACAGCCACACCAGCUCCCCACUACCAAAAAUAACACUCCCCUGUGCCUGCUGCGAUGUCUCUCUAAACUCUUCCUACCCUUUCUGAUCCACGUUCUCUGUAGACCAUCCUGCUUUUCCCCCUUUAAUUACUGGUUUUCCACUUCUGCUUACAACUCUCGCCUACCAUUCUUCCCCGGGAAUGUUCGAAUGCAGUGGUUCUCACCUUUUAGUGCACUUCUGAAUCACCUGGAGGGCAGAUUGCAACACAGAUGGUGGAGCCUCUUCCCCACAAUCCCUGACUCAGCAAGUCUGGGGUAGGGCCUGAGAACUGGCAUUUCUAACAAGUUCCCACGGCUCAGUGGUCUUGGAUGGAGGAAUGAAAAUACAGGCAUUUGAAAUGCUAAAAACAGAUGACGUCAGCAUAGGACUAGACCUUACCUAUCACCUUUUUGUAACCUGCUUUCUCAUAAGAAACUAUGAUACAUUUAUAAGUGUGAAUGUGGGUAUGCAGAUGCACAUAUAAAUAUGUUUUCAUAGAUACACAAAUAUAUAUACAUUCUUUUCAUACUUUAUAUAUGCAUAUGUAUAAACUCAUAGAAUUUUGAUAAGAUAAUAAACUUUAAACCUUUCAUUGCAUAUGAAAAAUUUAAGGAUCAGGGAAAACAAAUGACUUUUUCAAGAUACUGUAGAUAAUCGGUGUUAGACUUUGAGCCAGAAUGCUGUCAUUUUGAUUUCAAUCUAUUUUUUUGUCACUAAAUCAUGUAUACUUUUUGUAAAGGAAAUUUAAAUGCUUAAAUAAUUAAGUAAGUACUCUCAUCAGUCUUUUAUCCUGAGUUGUUUUUUUUUUUUUAAUUUGGGCUUCAAUUGCUUUUGUGUAUAUAUAUCUUUCAAGGACUACAAAGGAAGAGAUAAGCAUCACCAGCUGUGUUCUUCCAUUUGCAAUAAAAGCAGGUGCAG